AUGCGAAUACAGAAAUCAACGACAGACAACUCGCCAGUUUCGAAAAAUCAAAUGUUUGCUCCCCAUGCGCAUGCGCAACCCACGGCUUUACCAAUUCCCGAGCCGGUGUUACCAUUACCUCAACCGUUUAUCAAUUAUUUCGAACCAGUACAUUCAAUAUAUCCGUCGCCAUAUGACAUGAUGGACAACAGAAUGGGAGGAACGGCGUUUGAUAACAAAAUAAUAAAUUGUUAUCGAUGUGCGCACUGUACGUGGGGACAACCACAAAGUGGUGGCAUGACUUCCACUCAAAAUACGGACACAAUUGUGUCUCCGUACCCAUCUUCCGCCACUACCUCUCCAUUUGCUUGCCUACCCCCCUUAUUCACCCAUCAAUCCACAUCCCAAUCCAAUCUACCUUCUCCCCCAAUAUUUGAUCAGUAUACUCCAAACCCUAGUUUAUUGUUAUCACCAAUAGCAAGAGUGGACUGUAGUCCUUCUAAUGAAGACAGGACACACAAAAUUGACGAGAUAAAGGGACAUGAAAAUGUCUCGUAUCAUGAGAAUGUUCUUGAAUAUCCAAGUCUUUUGGCUAUUGAUGGCAACCAUUGA